AUGGAUGAGGAGUUCUCACUCGACGAGAUAAUUUCAUAUGCGAGAGACUUUCAAAAUUUCGAGAAGGUUUUCUCGGCAGUCUAUCUUCAUCCGGAUUGGUUAACAACCAUUCCAUCAACUCGAAGAUGGGCGAUUCUUCAUCAUAUCGUACUGUCUGGUAAUACUGUGCAUUUCGAUCAAAUCCUUCCAUCACAAAAGUCAAAUGUGCAAUUUCGUUUAUUAACUAAAACAGCUGAUCAAGAAACUGUACUUGACAUUGCUAAAUCACAUGUUUAUCUAUCGGAUAUGCUAAAACGAAUCGAGCGAUUGAUUAAACUUGAUGAACUACUUAAUUACGCUAGAGAAGGUAAAUGGGAUCAAUGCAUUGAGAUCGUAAAACAAGAUCCAAGUUAUGGUAAUGAGAAACCACCUUAUCGACGAUUUUAUCUGAUUCAUCAUCUAGCCUAUUGGAAUGCAGUCGAGCCGUUCAAAGAAUUCUUGAAAAUCGAAAACUUUCAUUUUGCUCUACUUCUACGAGUUGACGGUAAAAAAGUCAAUGAUAUUGCUCGAGAAGCUAACUGUGAGGCAUUCGCUAAUUUUAUUGAGAAAGAGUACACAGCGUAUUUUGAUGAUGACGAUGACAAUGACAUUUUAUAUGAACCAUCAGCAGCACAGAACAUGUUAAAUCAGCAUGAUGCAAAUAUUAUCAUAGUACCACAUACUAUAUACAACGAACCUCAGUCAUCAUCUGCACCAGCAAAGAAACUUCUGAAUCGAGCGGAAGUCAACAAGUUAGUACCAAGAAAGGCAAAACCAAUAAACAUUUCAAACAUACCUACGCGAUAUUCAUCGAAGACGAUACUCAAUUUGCUUACAUGUUCGCUUACACGUGCUACUGUUACCGAUCCUGUUGUUGCUGCCGAUGGAUUUACAUAUGAACGUACCGCGAUUGAAAAUUGGCUUAAAGCAAAUGAUUGUUCGCCAAUGACGAAUGAAAAGCUAGCUCAUAAAGAUUUAACUCCGAAUGUAUUAGUUAAAAGGCUUUUAGAUACUCUUACUCAAUAA